AUGGCCGAAAGCUCCUUUUCUAGCUCCAACCAGCAUCUUAGGAUUGGGACCAAAGACGACCGGUCGUCCUCAUUCCAAAAGAUUUCCGAAGAAGAUGAGUAUGAGGUGACGUCACCAACCGAUCGCACUUUUCAAACUGCAAACACCACAGCCGGAACUUCCUCUGCAGGGGACAACCUCUUCGGGGGCAAUGCGUUUAGUGAGGGUCGCAGCGAAGCUAUACGGUUCAACAGAAGCCCUUUCGGAGACCCGUCCGGGGACGGAUAUGAGGAUCAGGACUACACAGACUUGCCAGAGGGUGACCGCCCAACUGGGGGAUUGGAUCAGGGAUUUCCGAAUAACUAUGCAUUGGGACGUCGGACGUCAGUAUCUGCCGAGUCUCUGAACCCGACAUCCGCGGGCGCAGAUAGCUGGGUGCCACCAUAUCACCCAAAGUCCGACGAGCAGAUUUCUCGUCUGAAGGUUGCCGUCAGCAAUAACUUUCUUUUCUCACACUUAGAUGACGAUCAGUUUAAGACGGUGCUCGAUGCUCUAGUCGAAAAGCCGAUUCCAGCCAAAGAUAUCAAGGUGAUCUCGCAGGGCGACGCGGGUGACUAUUUUUACAUUGUGGAAAAUGGUCACUUCGAUGUCUAUAUUCACCCAUCAGGCUCGGUGCAGCCCGGUGCGGAUGGAAUGGGUAGUAAGGUUGGUUCGAUUGGGCCUGGAGGGUCGUUUGGGGAGCUGGCUCUCAUGUACAACGCCCCUCGAGCCGCCACUAUCGUAUCAGUUGACCCCAAGAGUACCCUGUGGGCCCUCGACCGCAUCACAUUCCGGCGGAUUUUGAUGGAUUCGGCCUUCCAGCGCCGUCGUAUGUAUGAGGCUUUUCUCGAAGAAGUCCCGCUGCUGUCGAGUCUGAAGCCCUAUGAGCGUGCCAAGAUCGCGGACGCUCUGGACGCAAUCAAAUACCCGAGUGGUUCGACCAUCAUAGAGGAAGGCGACCCAGGUGAUGCCUUCUAUCUUCUUGAAUCGGGCGAAGCGGACGCCUUCAAAAGCGGCGUGGAAGGACCAGUGAAGUCCUAUCGCCGAGGGGAUUUCUUUGGCGAGCUCGCUCUGCUGGACGAUAAGCCCCGAGCCGCCAGCAUUGUCAGUAAGACCGAUGUCAAGGUCGCCAGACUGGGCCGAGAUGGGUUCAAGCGGCUACUAGGCCCUGUGGAGGAGAUUAUGCGAAGGACCGAUUAUGAAUCAAAUCUUACACCUUCGGCCGCGUAA